AUGUCGGAGACCAUCCCGGACGCUCCCAUUGACAACAGGCCAGACGAGGUGAAGGCUGAUCUUGAGUAUGGCCGCUUGACGCUGAAGGACCAUUUAUUUGUGCUGAAGCACCCUGUGGGCGAGCCGCUCCCGACCCCUAUUGACGACGAGCCUCCGUUGGUGAUCCACUUGGCGACGUUUGUCAGCUAUUUGAUCUUGAUUUUGAUUGGCCACAUCCGUGACUUCUUUGGCAAGAUCUUCAAGCCCGAAGACUACGAGGAUUUGGUGGAGAAGGACGGGUAUGCGCCUUGGUACGAUGGCUUUGAGAACUUCUAUGUGCGCCGAUUGAAGUUGAGAAUCGACGACUGUUUUGCCAGGCCCAUCCACGGUGCUCCUGGCCGCUAUGUAAAGUGCUUCGAGCGGGUGAGAAAGGGCAAGAAGUUCAUCUACACGGGCGAAUCCAGAGAGUGCUUGAACUUGUCUUCAUACAACUACUUGGGUUUUGCUCAGUCCAAGGGUGUGUGCACCGACUACGCCAAUGACAUCUUGCAGAAGUACGGUGCUUCUUCGUGUGGUCCUAGAAACGCCAUUGGCACAACUGACUUGCACCGCGAGUGUGAGCUGGUCAUUGCUGAGUUUGUCGGUAAGGAAGAUGCCAUUGUCGUCUCGCAGGGUUACGGCACCAACGCCAGCUUGUUUGCGUCUUUGGUGGACUCGUCGUGUCUUGUCAUCAGUGAUUCGCUUAACCAUGCCUCCAUCAGAUUUGGUAUUCGUAUCUCUGGCGCCUCUGUCAAGGUUUUUGAGCACAACAACAUGGAGGACUUGGAGAAGUUGAUCAGAAAUCAGAUUGCCCAGGGUCAACCUCGUACUCACAGACCGUGGAAGAAGAUUAUCAUUGCAGUUGAAGGUCUUUAUUCCAUGGAGGGCAACAUGGUGAACUUGCCCCGCGUGAUCGAAUUGAAGAACAAGUAUAAGUGCUACCUCUUUGUUGAUGAGGCCCACUCCAUCGGUGCUCUUGGUCCCCAUGGAAGAGGUGUGUGUGAUUACUUCUCCGUGUCUCCCUCCCAAGUUGAUCUUUUGAUGGGUACCUUAACAAAGUCUUUUGGUGCCACUGGUGGCUACGUUGCUGCUGACAAGUGGAUUAUCGACAAGAUGAGAUUGACUUACUUCAACAACUCGUUUGGAGAAGGCGUUCCUCCUCCAGUGUUGGGCCAAAUCAUCUCCUCUUUGCAAGUGAUUAACGGUACAUUGAGCCCCGGCGAGGGUGAAGAGCGUUUGAGAAGAAUCGCAUUUAACUCGCGUUAUUUAAGACUUGGGUUGAAGAAGCUCGGAUUUAUCGUUUACGGCGCUGACGACUCCCCAGUGAUUCCAUUGUUGUUGUACUUGCCAGCCAAGAUGCCUGCUCUUUCAAGAAUGCUUUACAAUGAGAAGAUCGCUGUUGUCGUUGUGGGCUACCCUGCCACCCCUAUCGCAACGGCCAGAGCUAGGUUGUGCGUCAGUUCGGCGUUAACCAAAGAGGAUUUGGACUAUGUGUUGGAGAAGUUCAGCGAGGUUGGUGAUUUGUUGCAAUUGAAAUACAGCAGUGGUAUCGCUGGUGGUUCUCGUGAACCAGGCGUGGCUCCCCGCAUGAGUAUUAAAGAGGUUCUUGAUACAAACGUGGAAGAUAGCAAGCUUCCCAAGUUGUUCUAG